CAAGCAAGAACAGAAUCACCCACAAAGAAGCAGGCCUUCCAAGGUUAUCCCUUCUCCAGAACCAGCACCAGCUUUCAGUAGUGCUAACCAUCCUGGUCAACAAGCGCCCCUGUCAGUAAUGCACUCCAAAGUGUAUCACAACAGCAGCUACAUGCAGCAGCGGCACCAUCCUCAGCAGAACCAGCACCAUCCUCAGCAGAACCAGCACCAGUUGAGAGGUUACACGCAUAAUAAUCCAGUACUGCUGGCUCCAGCCGCAGUAGUACAGCCACAAAUGUUACCACCACCCAGCUGCAAUUUCAAUGUUUUUGGCAACAGACAGCUGCUGGUCCACCCAAAUGUAAUGUUGCAGCCAGGGUACCCAGGACCUAUACAAACCUCACACAAUCCUGGAAGUGGCUACUUAACACAGGCUCCUGCAAAUAGGUACCCUCCACAGGCUUCAUACAAUCCUGGAAAUGGGUACUCUUCGCAGGCCCCAUACAAUCCUGGAGAUGGGUACUAUACACAAGCUCCACACAGUCCUGGAGAUGGGUACUAUACACAAGCUAUACACAAUCCUGGAGAUGGAUACUCCCAUAAUGCAGUUUACAGCAAGGGUCCUCAAACUGCUGCUGGAAUGCCACACAGUGGUUAUAGUGGUGGAGAUGGGAGUUUGAAUGGUCAGUUUAUGAGUCAAGCAGUACAGAACAUGUUUGAUAGUGCCAGGGAGCAGUGA